AUGAUGCCUCCUCCGCCUGAAAAAUCUAGCGAGCAAGGAAAUCAGAGAGCCGGAGCCUCAACAAACACUGGAUACGACAACAAAACAACCUUACCGCCCUUGGGAACGAGUAUAAAAACUGAUCAACCAGAUCUUUACAACCAAGCACCUCCACUGCAGCCAUACGAAUACAAUGUGCAACCAAACAUGUACACAUCCUAUCAACAGACAAAUUAUGACCCAUAUCAGAGACAAAACUUUAUGCAACAGCAAAACGCUUACACCGGGGUGACUCCAUAUGUGCAGUCUACUUCAUACACACAACCAACAUCAUACACUUCUUCCAAUGCCCAUGCCCCAAACGCUAUACGAUUCCUGUACUCUGGCGGCGUCUCUGCAGUGCCAACGUCCUCAUCAAAAACAGAAAAUCAGCAGCAACAAGGACUGCAAGAGAAGAAAAAUAGGCGAUUCAGAAGACGGUAUAAUCAAAUUGUUCGAAAAUACCCUUGCUCAUUUCCGGGGUGUCUGAAAAGCUACGGGUCAUUGAAUCAUUUGAACACUCAUAUUGUUUCAAAGAAACAUGGACCACGCAAAUCAAAACUCGAUUUUCAAAACGGAACUCAUAAAAAGGAGGACAAGAUGGAACCCGGCACUCUACAAACUGACCACACUCCCCUGGCGCAUGUACCUCAGCUAGGAGUGUACCAAAUUCCUCAACAGUCUCAAAUACCCGCACCUCCACAACAUUACGUAACACCACAACCCAACGAGUACUCGGGAUACUACUACGGAUAUUCAGCGCCGCCAAAUAUACGACCAACCGUGUCAAAUGACUCAGUUCCAGUCCCUUCCUCUGGUACGGGCUUGUACUAUCUGGGUUUGCCAACUACAUCCGCACCGGCUCCACAACAAGCAGUACUGCAGAUUCAAUCGCAGCGUACAGGGGGGUCGACUGCGGCUCCUCAAUACUACCUGGUCUCACCACAGCAAAGCUUUUACACUACACAAUUUCAACAACAGCAGACGCCGGGAACAGGUCUAUACUCUAAUCAGCCUCAACUGCUGCCUCAACAGCGCACAAAUCAACACUAA